GAAGCAGUAGGUAUAUACUACAAAAAAAUAACUUGCUAACUAGAUCUGUCAUCAGACAUCUGUUAAAGACUUCUGGAAGGUAUAAGUGUCUGAGGGCAAUAGCUACCACUAGGCAAAUUGUGGAGGGCAAAUGCGGGUGUAAGAUGCACCUACCAUACGAGUCGCGGGGUCGGCGCCGGCGCGAGAUGGCUGAAAGCGAGCCCUGGUGGCUGCAGUCCAUCAUUGAUGAGACCCUUGGAGAGCACCCUGAUCUUGUACGUACCGGCAGUCCGGACCUGAUGUGUUCCAUGUUACCCCAGCACUGGCGCUCCAACAAGACCUUGCCUGGAGGUUUCAAGGUCGUUGCCCUUGGGGAUAUCCUGGAUGGCACCCAAGUCACAGUAAGAGCUGGCAACGAUGAAAACUGUUCUGCAGAGUUGAGAAAUAACACGGCGGUCAUGAAGAAUAGAGUUGCAAAGUUCAAUGACCUAAGGUUCGUCGGGAGGAGUGGAAGAGGAAAAAGCUUCUCCUUGACAAUUAUGGUAUCAACAUCGCCACCACAAGUAGCAACAUACCAAAAAGCCAUCAAAGUGACAGUAGAUGGACCUCGGGAACCCCGCUCUAAAACUAGUACAAAUGCAUCACCUCACCAAAUAAGAGCGAUAGGGUUCCAACGGCCGUUCAUAGCAAGCACAUCAAUGUCCCUACGAGAUAUAGAAUACAAGACAUCACCCCGGCUGCGGUCGCUGUCGCAUGAGGAAAGAGAGUAUAAGACUAACGCCAAUUUACCACCUGAAGAAAAUGCUGGCAACAUUCUAGGCGCAAGUGAGUGGAAUACUGGCUACUCCUCCACCGCGUCAGUGUACCCAAGCUAUGCACCCCUGCAACCUCCUUAUUAUAAACCAGAUGCUGCCAUUCACAUACCUUCUGUUUUACCGGAAAUUCCUUUGGGUCACACUGACUACACUUGUUUUCAAGGCGGAAACAGUUACGUCAAAGGCAGUCCGAGUGGCACCGGGGGCAGUCUCACAGAUCUCAACAACAUGUCAACUCAACGCUACGACCCAAACUAUUACAACUCAUGGCCAAGCAACAGUUACAACUAUCAAUACAAUAACAUAAACAACAACCCGUCAUGCAUACAAUCCCAUACACCUUACAUCAACCCCAACCCUCAAAUGAUCCUUCCCAACCUCUAUUCCACAGUUAAUCAAAACCAAAUUCACGUACACUUACAUAGCUCUACUGAUAAAUACAAUCUAGAACAGUACAUACCGAGUGAAAUAAAAAUAAGUGAUAUAGACGGUGGUAUUUCCAUUACAACUGAACUCCCUGGUAGUGGGGAAGCCAGUGGCCUUGUGCAAACUUGCGAGAACGAUGACGUCAAACAUCAGCUUUAUGGCACUAAUCAAGAAGUGUGGCGACCAUAUUGACAGUACGCUUAUUAUGAUGAGAACAAUCAACAAUCUAUUGUACAUAUUGUGAUAUAAGUGUGUAUAUAGACUAAAUCAAUUAAUGUUAAACAUUAAUUAGAUUGUAUGUGUUAUGUAUUCUAAUUGUAUUAAAUUAACAUAUCACGUU